AUGAACAAAUAUCUACAGAUUCUUGAAAAAAUUGAUAUGUUUGGAGUGUAAAUAUCUCUUCUAACAAAUACAAAUAAAACAACUUUUCGAAGCAAAGUUGGAGGAGUGAUUUCUUUUAUUUUGAGUAGCAUAAGCUUGUCUUAUCUAUUAUUUGUUUUAUUAUUAUGGAUAAACAAUGAAAUACCUCCCAAUAUUAGUUCAAUAUAAGAAACCAAAGGUUAUGGGGAGUUUAAAUGGUCUCAACCUUUAAUAGAGCUCACACUUGAGGACUUUAUAUCAAAUAUAGAUCCCUUUAGAAAAGAAAACAAUAUUAUUACUCCAUUAUUAUUUAAGACGAACAAUUUUAAAGUUUAAGAAGAACCUAUUAUUUUAUUUAGUGACGAAUAUUAUUUUUCCACAUUAUCUGUCAACAAUGGAUCUUUAAUUUUAAAUAAUUUAUAUUAAUAAGAUGAAGACCAUUAACCAAACAAAGAAUAUUUAUUAGUGCUUGCUAUAUGCUAAAAUAUCUCUUUAAAAAAUGGUAGCUAUUGUGCUGAUUAGAAAAUUAUUGAUGAAUAUUUGUCUAAACAUCAUGGAUUUUUAACCUUAACAAUUCGAUUGAAUUAAUUUAAUUAUGUCUAACAAAAAUUAGAAGAUUUUGUUAAAUAAUAUUACCAAGCUUUUGAUCCUAGAAAAUCUUCCUAUUCUUAAGUAAUGUUAAAAUAAUAAGAAACAAUUAUUGAUGAUGGAAUUUUGUUUAAAAAUGAAAAGUAAUUUAACUUUCUUAACAACUAUGAAUUAAUCAAUUAAGAAGUCGGAUCAGAGUUUAUGCCCGAUACAAUUGCUUUUAUUUCUGAUAAAAAUUAUCAUUUAAACAUUUCAAGUUCCUUUCUUUUUCGAAUAGAUAAUAUAUCCAUAAAAGAAGAGAUUACCAUGCCAAAACUUGGGUAGGUCUUAGCUUAAAUUGGUUCUUUAGUUUAAUUAAUUUUUUUAUUAAAGUAUGUUGCUAUAUUUUAUAAUAAUAAAUUACUAGAAAAUUAGUAGUUUUAUGACAUUGUUUCAAUGUACUACCCAGAAUUUAAAAAUUUUUAAAUCAAUAUAUUCAAUAAAUUUAAAUUUAAAGAAAAUCUUAAUUAAUUUCAGCUUCCCAUAAAAAACUUGGAAUUAAUAUACGUUACUUUAUUAAAGCGAGCUAAAGAAAAAUGUAGGUUGAAUAAUAUUCUUUAUGAGAUUUCAAGAAUUCAAUUUAUACUUGAAUAAUAAUUCGGAAAUCGUAUUUUACAGAAUAGCCAUUAAUUAGGAUAGAAAUUUACAAAAAAUAUUAAUGAAAUCGCGUAUGGAAAAAUACCUGAAUCUAAUCGAUUAGUUGUCUGGCCUGCUGAGCAAAUUUCCACAGAGCAAGAAUAAGAUCUUAUAUUAAAAGAACCUUUAGAGUUACUUAUUAAACAGGAAUGA